GCAUGCGCAUGCUCCAUUUCAUCAUAAUUAAACUGAAACAACAUGGCGGAACUCGGAGAUCGUGAGAUGAUUUUAGCCAAUUUUCAGGCUGUAACAGGGAUUGAUAAUCUUGAUGAGUGUAUUUCACUACUUGAUAAUCAUGACUGGGAUUUAAUGUCAUGUGUCAAUGCUGUUUUCGCUAAUCGCUCAGCAGAGCAGUUGGAAGUGGAGGACAGUGUUGGUGAAUCCUUAACAACUAGGAGUGUUAAACUUCAAACUCAUUUACCGGUUGCAACUUUAACUCACAGUUCUGGAAAUCAAAAUUCUGCAAGUGGUAGUUCGGCUGAAAGAGUACUGCAAUUUAAUGUUGAAUGGAGAGAUAAAACUAUACCUGUAUCUUUACCUGAAAGUUCAUCAGUUGCAACUCUGAAAAAAGAACUGGAGAUACAGAUUGGGGUCCCAACAGCUUUGCAAACGUUAACUCAGUGGCCUAAAGAUAUCUCUGUGAUUGACAGAACCAUUUUAUCAACACUAAAGUUGGAAGAUGAGACGUCAUUAGUAUUGUUAACUCAAUCGACAACUAACAGUUUUGCUGGAUCUAGUUCUCAGUGUUUGUCAACAGUCAAUAAUGGAUUAAUUAAAUCCAGUCAAGCAGCGAGUGUACCUGACGUUAAGUUGAGAAUACGAUAUACGAAUAAACGACAUGAACUCUCGUUUCCUGGAACGAAAACAAUAGGAGAGGUGAAAACAGAUGUAAGCGAUCUCACGCACGUUGAGCCACGUCAUCAGGAAUGGACUGGCUGGCCUGAAGAAGCCAAUGACCAGACGAAACUUAGUGAUUUGAACAAACCAUUUCACUUGUUAACUUUAAGACGACGACCAAGUCCGAGAAAUCGAUCUCCGCCAAAAGUCAAACCUGUUAUUCACGUCGAAAGUGACGAUGAUGAAGAGGCGAUGGAUAUUUGCGAUUCUAAUGGAAGUACAUCCAGUGGUAAUUCAGUCGAAAUAGAAGUUGAUGAUGAUGAUGACGAUGAUGACUUGAUUUUGACCGAAGUUCCCAUCAGAAAAAGAAUCAAAGAGUUGAUGCCGCCUCACAGCAAGGAUACACAAGAAACGUUGACAACAUUUGUCAGUAACUUUGAAGAGAGAUAUGGACAUUGUCAUCCACAUUUUUACAUCGGCUCAUUUAACGAAGCUUUAGAGGAAGCCAAUGCCAAGACAGCGAAGGAUAGAUGGCCGCUAUUGUUAUAUUUGCAUCAUGACUCCAGUAUACUGACCAACGUGUUUUGCAGUCAAACUCUAUGCGUAGAAAACGUUGUAUCAUACAUUAGUGAAAACUUUAUCAGUUGGGCGUGGGAUAUGUCACAUGACACCAACAGAACGUUAUUAUAUGAUAUUAUAACUCAGAAGUGCGGAAGUGGAGCAGCGGAUACUGUGCGUGGAUUUCGUGCUGAACAAUAUCCAUUGGUGGUGGUUAUAAUGAAGAACAGAUCGUCAUUGGAGGUUUCUGCGGUGCUUCAAGGACAUUCCACGAUGAAUGAAGUUAUGACAACUUUACUGAAUGCUCAUGAAGUGUUUGAAGAGAGCAGAAGUAUUGAUAUCAGAGAAGAGAUUGAACGUGAAGCACGCGAGCUAGUAAAACGUGAACAAGAUGAAGCAUAUCAAGAAUCUCUCAGAGCUGAUCAAGCAAAGGCAGAAGAACGAGAAAGACAGGAGAGUGAAGCCCUAAGAGUGAAGAAAGAAACAGAAGAAAAAGCUUUCCUGGACGCGCAAACAAAACAGGCGCAGAUCAAUUCAUUAGAAGAUCAACUCCCGGAUGAACCAGGUCCUGAUUGUCUGGAACCUAUCUCAAUACUACGAUUUCGCAUGCCAAACAGUGAGCCUAUUACCAGACGAUUUCUUGCUAACAGCCCGUUGAAGGUUGUUCUUAUAUUUGUUCAAUCCAAGGGUUAUUUAGAAGAUCAAUAUACUGUCGUAACGAAUUUUCCAAGAAAACAGCUGUCAAAUAUGGAUCCAAGACAAAGCUUACAAUCACUUGGACUAUAUCCUCAAGAGACACUUUUUGUGGAAGAAAUAUGAACGAAUGCCGCUUUUAAGACAAUCAACAGCCACCAUACAGAGACAGAGAGAGAGAGAGGGUAUAAUUUGUAUUCUCUAAUUUUUCAUCACCAUGAUGUACGAAUUUGAAAAGACAAAAGUAAAUAUAAAUAUUAAUAUCGAUCGAAGAAUCGAUGAAUUAUAAACAAUACCAAUUUAUAAAUAUUUUAUAGUGCUCAGCCUAGGUACGAAAUCUUAGGAAUGCUGGAGCCGAAAUAAUAUAUUUCUACUGUAUCCCUUUUUCGAAACUGUCAACACAAACUAAAACCUGUUUUAGCAGAUCACGUUAAAGGUAACGAUAACCAUAUAAUUAAUAUCUGCUACUGCAACCUUGCCCCUGUUAUUGUCUCCUCAGUCAUACGAUGACUACCUUAGAAAAGCAGUACCGAGCCGAUGCAAGGCUUGCUUUAUUGUCGUGUGCUAUAGUGGAAACCAACUACACUGCCCCAACAUUAAUGCCUAAUUUUUCUGCAGUAUGGAUGUCGCUGUUCACACUGAUAAUUAUUCAAAUUAUUUCUAAUAUAGUUAUACGAUUAUCAUGUAAUGUAUUUAUUUUAUAUUGGACGAUAAAAAAGACAAAAAUAUAUAUAUAGCGAAGAGAAGUAUUAGAUAAUGUAUUUUACUGUUAGCAUAUUGA